AUGCCGCGCGCCGGGUGGUGGUGGCCGUGCCUCGGCCUGUGUGGCCUCCUCGUGGGGCGGGCGGAGGCCCCGAGCCCGGGGGAGCCGCUGGAGCGGAGCCGGCCGUACGCGGUGCUGCGCGGGCAGAACCUGGUGCUGAUGGGAACCGUUUUCAGCAUCCUGCUGGUGACCAUGAUCCUUAUGGCAUUUUGUGUCUACAAACCCAUUCGGCGUCGCUGA